GUGAGUUCCCAUUACGUGUCAGUCUAUAAUUUCAACGAAUUUUCAUGCUCUUUUGAUUGCGCAUAUGUGCUAGACUGUCGAUUUAAAAACAUUGUUACACUGCAACGACGAGGAUCCCUUUUCAUGAUAUAAGCAACACCAAUGUCACAGGUAAAGAUACUUUGAAUAUGUCAUCUCCCAAAAACAACAGAACCACACGGAGACCAUUCCAUGAUAUAAGAAACACCAACCCCGAGGGUAGUACUCCAUCCUUAGACCCUAAAGAAUUAAAGAGCCAGAAGAACAAAGAUUAUUAUGCCCGAAAUAGAGAUGCUAUACUGAGGAGGCGGCGUGAAGCCCUUGAGAAGAAACAAGCUUCAGCUGCUAUGCUCAAGGACACGGAAAUGUCACCACAUACACCCAUGUCCAAGGCCGAAGACCUGUUCCUACAGGUGAGUCUCAUGGAGAGCACACCCCAGUUCAAGACAUCGGCACCAACCACAACUCAGGUAGCUAUCAGCGAUUCAGCUCAGUUGCUGCAGCAGUUGCUGCUCAAGGCGUUUAAGAUUUACAGACAGAAAGCACCUGGAUGUGAUUACUUGUGAAGGUCCACUCUAUUCAACAGUGGAAAGAGUAGUAUUCAGUUUUACCUUGUUAUGCUUUUUAGUAAUUUUUUCUUCCAACAUACAUUAGUGUUUGUUGCCUUCCUGAGCUCUUGGUAGUUAUGAAGAAGUAAAAGCAAAGGGGUUAG